AUGGUUGUGAUUUAUAUGAAGCAGAGAAGAUUCCUAAGGCUGAGUCCCAGCAACCAAAUCCAGUUUACUAUGUGCCUGAGCAACGCUUUCCUGCAGUGCACAAUGGUGCUAUUUGUGUAUGUUUUUGUAAUUUCACCUGAUGUGCACGGGAUAUUAAUCUAUAUCACACAUUUUACUGUUUCUCUUUUUAUUGCAUUCAGUUCUUGGCUCACUGCCUGGCUCUGUGCCUUAUACUGUGUGACUCUUGUCUCAUUUAGACACAAACUCAUCACAAGUCUGAAGAUGAAGCUCCCAGCUGUGGUACCCAAACUCCUGCUGGUCACAUUCCUAGGCUGCCUCUCCAUCACUGGUGCCUUUGUUUGGUGCAUAAAACUAACUAAUCAUCAGGUAAUGACUGACAACCUCUCCUACAACAGCACAAAAAACACUAAAGUAAUAAUGAAGAAAUGCUGUUCUACCUGGUUUUACACACUUUCAUCCAUUUUGCCUAUGAUUAGUAGCAUAACCUCUUUGUUUUUUACGGUGACUUCUCUCUUGGGACACAUCUGGAAAAUAAAGCACCAGAAGUCCAGCUUGAGCGAUCCCCAGCUUGAUGCUCAUUACAAAGCCUGUAAGACUAUGGUCAUGUUUGUGAUUGUUUUUGUGAUACUUGUUGUUGCUAAAACGUUGGCUAAUUCCUCACUUUCAUUAAGAGAAGAUGUGACGAUAAAUUUAUUUUCUUGCCUAUAUCAAUGUUAUCCUACAGAGAUGUCGCUUAUUCUGAUCUUUGGAAGCUCCAAACUUAAAAGAGCUCUUCGUAGGGCUAUCUCAUGUACAAGACAAUGA